UUUUUGAGGGGCAAUAGAUUUUUUUAUGCUCUGUUAACUGGUGCUGGGCUGAAUGAAGCAUACUCCGGUUAAUUGCAGACCCGGCCCACGUUCCCAAAACCCAACGCAAACCCCGCCGCCGUUUCAGCCCAUCCUCCUUAUCCCAAAAUCAGUCUCUCUGCCGCCGCCACCUCCGCCACCACCUCCACCACCGCCACGGCGCCCGCCGGUGAACCCCACGGUUGGCGACCAUCGCGCGCUCCACCGCCCUCCCCACCGCUCGGCUCCUCCUGCGCGGGCGCAUGGCCUCCUUCGCCUCCGUUGCGACCCUCCCCCUUCCCACCUGCUCCUCCUCCGACGACGACUCUGACGACGCCAAGCCCCUCCCGCCUCUACCCGCAUCGAAAGAAAUACGCCCUCCUCCGCAGCACCAGCAGCAGCCGCCGCCGCAGCGGCGGCAGCUGGAGCGCGACUGCAACGUGGCCAUGAAGGCCCUGGCGCGCGCGGGCGACGUCGACCAGGUGCUCGCCCGCUUCGCCGAGCUCAGGGCUUCCGGGACCCCCAGCGUGCUCUCCUACAACACUCUCAUGAACGCGCUCGUGGAAGCUGGCCGUGUGAAGGACGCCCACGACGCGUUCGGCGAAAUGCUUGCGGCAGGGGUGGCGCCCAAUGCGUCGUCCUGCAACAUCCUCCUCAAGCUGCACUCGUGGACCUCCGACGACGACGACUCUCCGUACAAGACGAUCCUCUCGAUGCGAGAGGCUGGGGUGGAACCUGACGUGAGCACGUACUCCACGCUUAUCACGGGACUGUGCCGUGUGGGGAGGCUCCCCGAGGCAUGGGGUGUGCUCGAGUGCAUGCUGGAGCAGGGGUGCCGUCCCAUGGUGCAUACUUACACGCCCAUUGUACAGGGAUAUUGCCGCGAGGGCCGUGUCGGGGAGGCCAUGGACCUGAUGGCCAUGAUGGAAAAAUGUGCCGGUUGCCCUCCCAAUGUAGUCACCUACAAUGUUCUGAUCAGGGCUUUGUGCGACGCCGGCCAAUUUAAUGAAGUCAAGCAGCUUUUAACGGAGAGUAGAACCAAGGGUUGGACGCCCAGUAUUGUCACCUACAAUACGUUUAUGAAUGGUCUCUGCCAGAAAGGUAAGGCUAAGGAAGCACUUGUGCUGCUGGGUGUUAUGCUGGGCAAAGGGUUGGACCCCACAGAUUUUACUUUGAGCAUUCUUCUGAAUUGCCUUUGCCAUGCCUCGAGGAUUUCCCAUGCCAGAUACUUGCUAGAGAGGAGUACGUCAUCGAGAUGGUAUGCUGGUGUUGUUGCAUACAACACUGUGAUGGGCAGGUUAUGUGAAAUGGGACAUUGGAGGGGUGUUCUGAAGCUGUUGACUGACAUGAUCAAGAAAGGUGUGAUGCCAAACACGAGGACGUUCAACAUUGUCAUUCGUAGUCUUUGCAUUGGUCGAAAGUGCUCCGCAGCCAAGAGCCUGGUCUGUAACAAAGGGUUUGCUGCAAAUGUCGUGACAUACAAUACACUGAUUGAUUGGUUUUUCUACCAUCGAAAGCUUAGUGAGGUGGGGCACCUACUUUCUGACAUGGCAGCAGGAAAAAUUGCUGUAGAUGAAGUUACUUACACUAUAUUCGUUGUUAGAUUAUGCAGAGAUGGAAAUUUUGCUAAGGCCAGUAGUUGCUAGAGAAUGGACUGUCAAUGGAUCUUCUUGGCGUCCUUAUAAACAGGCUUGCUUACAGUGGCAAAAUCCCGGAGACUAUUCGCAUAUUCCAGAAUAUGAGAGAAAGAAAAGGGCUUUCCCUAGAUAAUUCUAUAUUUGACCUCACAAUUGAAAGAUUCUGUAGGGCCGGUUAUUGUCACGACAAAUAUAUACAUAAUCUUAACUCUAUUCUGGAUGCAAUGUUGGGAAAGCAGUGAACUCAACUCUUGUGGAUCUAGGAAGCAGACGAUAAUUGGAGGAAUGGAUUCCCUCUUUUCAUUAUUUUCCUCCUGCCAACAGCCAUGAAUGAGAAGUGUAGACAUUGCUAAAGAUACUGAAUACGUGCUGUCUGCCUUUUAUAACAUCCCGUACAUCAAAGAUGGCUGCAUGCCUGUUUAUGUUAACAUAUUCCACCCUGCCACUCAACAGACAGAGUCUAAUUGGUGAGUUAUGGGAAGAUUGACUUAGUUGCCAACAUAGAAAGGUUUGGUAGUUGGUACUAAAAGUUAAAUAAUUAAUUAUAUUGAUUUACAUAAAUGGUAUUAUUUACGUAUCUGGUGUUGUAAACUAGUAGUAAGAACUAGCAAGCAAUAUUUUUAGGCUGGUAUUAUAAUUAUCUUUGAAUUUUAUGCAUGUUCUGCCAAGUUACAUACCUAUGCUACAAAUAUUUAGUGACUAGGACACUGAAUUUUCCCCUCUUACCUAUGCUGUUCUCCACAUAUGUGACACCUCAGCCCGGCCUGGUUGAAAUUCAGCCCAAGUGUGGCCGAUGAGUAUAUGUGUGCACCCUGUUUGUUUGAGCUUUUGCUUCUGCUUUUGCAGCUUUUCCACUUUGACAAAAAAAACAUAAAAGCUCCUAAAUAUGUGCUUUUGGAGUUUUUAUGGUUUUUGAUGAAUCAAUAUAACAAUAUUUGGCUCCAAAAGCCAUUACAGCUCGAAAAGCACCUAUUUAGGAGCUUUUAUGGCUUUUUGACCAAAGUGGAAAAGCUGCAAAAGCAAAAGCAAAAGCCCAAACAAACAGGGCCUUAGAACAUAAGUGGAGAUACGUACCACCUUGCUAGUUUGAAGGUGGCAACCACCAAUAUCAAGGGUUCCAAGGCAAUAACGUCCUGUUAGCCAUUUUUUUGCGGGAAGCAAGGACUGACAUGUAAUAAGCAGGAUAAUGCACGUUGGCAUACCCAGUAUGCAGAUUAGGUCUAAGCCAGUUGGGACCUUGGUGUGUUACCGCAUAUAGGCUUCACUGUUUGAUCUUUGAACCCUGUUUCUAUUAUAUCCACACUCGGUUAACUUCCUGUCUUCUGCAAGCUUGCAAUCAACAACAUGCUGCACAGGUGGGAUUCCAAUGCAAGUUUUUCCUAUUUAAUACAGGAUUACUGCAAUUGCAAACAGUUUUAGCCAUAUAAACUUGACAAGAUGAGGAUGGUUAUGAUCCGACAAGGUAUGAUGACAUAUAGCCCAUACUGAUCGCCGUGCCCUGUAUGCUGGAUCCUCUACCAUUCUGUGUUCUUUCUGAAAGCAUGCCAAUCCCUAUGUUGGGUGGUGCUGAGCAUCCUCUAUUUGCUGGGAUCAAGCUUUUCCUCUCUUUUCUUUUUUCGGGUGACCAAGCUUUUCCUCUGCAGGGGCCUUGUGCAGUAAACCCCCUACGGACGUUCCCCGUCGAAUCAUUUGUGCUGGCAGGAUUCCUGUUAUCUGGUUCAGAAUGAAACUUGAUUAGUUAUUGUGUAUUUUUCUCUAUCUACCAUAGGUAGAGUGCAUAUAGCAUCAGGUAGGUGUUUGUGGUUACUCUACAUAGAGCUCUUUAUAGAAGACAAAAAAAAAGUGUCAGGUAGGAUUAUUCUCUUAUUCUUAUCAGCGUUUGGAUUGUGAGAUGUAGCCCAAAGACAUUAAGGUGAAUUGGAUUUUGUGUGUGUCAGACAGGUCGUGGUGCUCUAAAUAGAUUUUUCUUGUUCUGAUUUGUGUCGUUUAUUUCCGACCUCAAGAUUCUUGUUCCUUUUUUGCA